AUGCCCACGUUAUUCCGAGGAAAGGCGCUGAGCGUAGCUCAGGCCUUGCUCAUCGUAGCGCCGGCCUUCAUCGUCUUCGGUUACAACCAGUCUGGCUUGGGCCCUCUGUCCACAUUGCAGAGCUGGGUCGGGUUGUUCCCUGAAAUUGACACAAUCAACACUACGGGCGCCCAACGCGCAAAAAACUCCACAAGCAAAGGUGCCGUCAUCGGAUCCUUCCAGCUUGGCGCUCUGUUUGGCGCCUUGUCGUGUACAUUCCUGGGUGACCGCCUCGGUCGCCGCAAGACCAUCUUUUUAGGUGCGAUUCUUACAAUCAUCGGCCAAGUGCUGCAGACCGCCGCUUAUGGACUCCCCCAAUUCGUCGUCGGCCGUCUCGUCCUCGGUCUCGGUGUCGGUCAAUUGAGUGUCGCCGUUCCCGUUUGGCAGUCCGAGUGCACGUCAGCCAAACAUCGUGGACAACACGUUGUCGUGGAUGGUAUCUGUAUCUGUUUGGGUUACGUUCUCUGUAACUGGAUUGAUUUUGGCUUGAGCAAAAUCUCCGGCUCACUGCAGUGGCGUGUUCCCUUGGCAAUUUCCAUUUUCUUCUCCGUCGUUGUCUUGUUUUCGGUCUUUUUGCUCCCUGAGUCUCCUCGAUGGCUCGUGCGAGUUGGUCGUAUUGAAGAGGCCACCAGCAGUCUAGCUGCCUACAAGGGGUUGUCGGAAGAUGAUGAGGCCGUCCGUGUCGAAAUCGCUGGUAUCGAGACCUCCCUUGAGAGUACGGUCGACAGCGCCUCCCUCUUAGAUAUCCUCAGCUUCAGCAAACCCGACGAUGAGCGUCUUCUAUACCGAUUCUGUCUGUGCGUCGCACUGCAAUUCUUCCAGCAGAUGUGUGGUGGCAACUUGAUCUCAACAUACGUGUCAACAAUCUUCCAAGAGAACCUGCACAUGGACAGCGACCUGGCUCGCAUUCUGUCUUCAUGUGCCAUGACUUGGAAGUUCCUUUGCAGCUUCAUCGCCUUCUUCGCCAUCGAUCGACUCGGCCGCCGAAAGAUCUUCAUUAUCAGCGGUACCGGUAUGUCGGUCUGCAUGACUGUCCUCGCCAUCACCGACAGCUUCAAGGACAACAGAAAUGCUUCGAUUGUUUCGGCUGCUUUCAUCUUUCUUUUCAACUCGUUCUAUCCUGUCGGCUUCCUCGGCGGUAACUUCCUCUACUGUACCGAAGUCGCCCCUAUGCGUCUCCGUGUCGCCAUGUCCGCCAUCUCGACUGGCAACCACUGGCUGUGGAACUUUGUGGUCGUCAUGAUUACUCCGGUCGCGCUCGACACCAUCGGAUACAAGUACUACAUUAUGUACGCUGUGAUCUCGGCCUGCAUUCCAAUCUCGGUUUACUUCUUCUACCCCGAGACGAUGAACCGAAACCUGGAGGCUUUGAAUCACGUCUUCCGCGAUGCCCCGACGCCGUGGGAUAUUGUCUCCAUGGCUCGUCAUCUGCCACAGGGUGAGGCUGCUGAGGUGGAAGUAUGGAUGCACACCGAGGAGAAGGGUGCGAUCGACCAGAAGGAGAAUGUUUAA